ACCCUUUUUAUAUCAGUCAUCUCUCGCUCUCUCAUUCUUGUUCUUGUUGGUCUUCUUCUUGGCUUAGAUUUGGAGAUCGAUCGGAAAGGAGGGAUGGGAAGCACAUACUUCAAGGGAGGACGGCUGGGAAGCGGAAGAUGUGGGUCAUCCAGGAAGGGGAAGAAGGAGAAGUCAAAGCAACCCCAGAGAGGACUCGGGGUGGCUCAGCUGGAGCAGAUGAGACUGCAGAGUCAAAUGGAGGAAUAUGUUUCGUCGCUGGACUCCCCAUUCUGCAGCGAUCUCAACAUGCCGGAAGACUCGAGAGUGGAAAUGGCAUUCUCAUCGCCUCCCUCGUCACCAUCCGGUAUCGUUUCAGGGCCUUCGUUUGCGCUUCAUCCCAACAUGAUGAUGGAUUAUCAUGGAGACGCCGGAAGAACAAGUUUCACUGGUGGCGAACGCUGGUUGGGUACUUGGGCAAGAUCGCAUCUGAGUCAAGGAGGCAUGUCUUCAUCGCACUGCUACUCGCCGCCAACCGUGACAUUGCCGCUCUUCGAAGAAACCACCACUGAGGUUGUCUUGAUUUCUUAUGCUGCCUCACUUAUGAUCUAAAUAAACUCAUCGUUUGCCAUGCAGGACUCAGCACAGGAGAAUAGACGGCAUGAUCAAAACCUUUCGAUAAGCUCGAUCAGCCAGAAUUCUGAUCCGGAUGAUGCACGACAAGUAGUAGACUUGGAGCUUAGACUAUGACUCUAAAUACUUGCAUGGAUGACCUCCUUCCUGUUCAUGCUCUUACUGUAUAUUCUGCAGAAAAAGAAGAGAAAGAUUAUUGUAGGGUAUCCACAAAGGCAAAAUUUUGAUGUCAUCUUCGUGUAUUAGUCUUGCAUGAGACACCAUGAAGCACAGAUCUAAUAUGAGGUCAUCUUUGGUUCUCAUGAAUCGUAGAUGGUUGAGGCUUUCUCUAUCUUUGGUUAGCAGCUAACAAGAAAUCACUUGCCCAUUUCA